CAGUUUGUCGUCUGUUCUGUUUCUGAAUGUAUUUAUCUCUCCUUUUUGAUCUUUGAAAACUGUUUCCAAUUGCCAGUCAGCUCCCGUAGCUACGGGCGAACUCGAACCAGGACCACAUCCACCCCACCCCUUUAAAAAUCUAUUCGUUUCUCGACUGCAAUUACCUUCGAUAAAGGAAAUCGAUCGUGACGGCUUCUAGGAUUUUUAUGAUUUGCUAGAAGGCCGGGUUCGGAAGUCGCAUUGUAGCAGGAGAUAAGCCCAUUCAGUCAUGACUCCUCGUCGCUCGUCUCGCGCUCGAACUUUGCAACCGUCCGCCGCAAUGCAGCCCACAAGCUCAUCCAGCUCAUCAAACUCAUUCAGCCGCGCUGAAAGGAGCACGCGCUCGAAUAAUAAAAUAUCACCCCACCGUAGACCCUCCACCCAGCGCUCCGAGUCCACCGAUGACUUGGAGGCAUAUCCUCGAUCUGACCUCCCACAAACCCGCCAUCGCCAUCGUGGCCGAAACAACGACGAACAAGACGACAUCCUCCAAGCUCUAGGUGAUGAAUACGAUGAGGAAGACGGUGAUGAAGAAGAAAUAACCAGAUGUCUCUGUGGACAGCAGGAUUACCCUGGUCUACCUCUGAUCUACCAGGGCGCUGGCAGCGCAAGCGUCACAAAACAGGGCGUGAAGGAUGACUCGGUCCAAGGAGCUUCAGUGUCUGCUGAGGAUAUGCAGUCUGAUGAGCCUGGGAGUUUGUUCAUCCAAUGCGACUCCUGUAAAGUCUGGCAGCAUGGAGGCUGCGUGGGAAUUAUGGAAGAAGCUUCCAGCCCCGAUGAAUAUUUUUGCGAAGAAUGCCGGAAGGACCUACACAAAAUCAUUACAGCUUCGAACGGUCAAAAAUCCUCCCGCUACCUUCCAGUGGUUGGCUCGUCAUCCACAUCGUCGUCCAGAUCCUCGUCCCUCGGCAGCUCCAGAAACCUGAAAAAUAAAAAGAACCGCGGCAGUGCAGGCCUCCUCAGCACUAAACGACGCUCAACUAUGAAUAGUCGUGAUGCCGCCUACGACGAAGAACAGUUACGAAGAGCGAUCGAGGAGAGCAAGGAAGAUUCAAAAUCAGUCGCUGAUGACCUUGGAAGCCGUAGAGGCAAGCGAAGCAGAAGCGAUAGUGAAGCGAAUAAACACGCUGCAAAACGACAACGCACCGGAUCUCCUUCCUCUUCUCUUUCAAAACGUAGCAACUCUGCAUCUCACCCACCGUCAGAUGAUGAAAACAAAUCCAACUCCAACGUUUCCCAGGAAGGCAAUGGAAAUAAAAAGACCAGAGGAGUGGUUCGAAACCAACGAGAGAGGGAAGCUCAAACAACAGAGAAAGAGCCAGAAAAGGAAAUAAAUGAUGCAGUCAGCCGACGGAAGAAUCGCUCAGAACGCCGGAAAGAUGACGAAGAACCCACCGAAACAAUUUCCCCAACGAAGACCAGCUCGAUUCCCCCAACUAUCAGCCAAUCCACACCUGACGCUCCCAGUCUCGUAAACGAGCCCUCCAAUACAAAAUCUUCCACGCGAAAAACUGGUCGCCCACCAGCCCGCCGUGGUCGAUUGGGUCGAAAUCAAUAUACCCGAGACCGCGACUCAGUAAACGGUGACAUCAGUGGUGGUGGCAUCCACUCUCCCCGUCGGGGCCAAUCUGGAGACACCGGAACCGGUGAAUCACCUACAGGUGUCCACCUUGGGGUAAACGGUGUCUACCUCAACGGUGGGGAAUCCGGGAAACCUAGUAAACCACGAUAUAUGAACCCGCAACGCACCACAAUGAACGAAAUGAAGAGGCGUGUCGCUGCCAUUCUCGAAUUCAUAUCCCAAUUACAGCUCGAUUUGGCUUCUAGUCCAGAACAGAUCAGUGGAACUGGCGGUGCCCCAGUUUCUGGAGGGAAGGAGGAAGCUGGAACGCAUAUAACUAACGGUGACCAUCAUAGUGAUGAAUCUACGAAUUAUGUGGCAGAAAAGAUAGAGGCAAACGGGAUUACUCAGCCCAAGGAAAAGGAAUUCAAGGACCUAACGAGCCUCGAAAUGAUGGAUGCCCUGACGCGGAAUCUAGUCAAAUGGCAACAGAAGUUUGGGAAAUAUGGAGAGAAGUGAGGUGACAAAGACGAAUGGAAAUCAAUAAUACGACCCUUCUCCAUCCCUUCGUUCGUCCAUAACCAUAUCCCAUGCGGCAAAAUCAGCCCACAAAAACAAUCCGCAAUCACCAUCUAGAUGCUCUUUCGAUUGUUUUCAUUUCCGAAGCUCGGACUUCCACCUUCUCGCCUUGUUAUUUUAUAUACCCAAAAUCUCAACCAAAUCUCCUCGCAAUUUUGCGCUCCCUAAUUGAUACAAUACAACACUAGCGUCUUCCCUCUUCCUGUACGAUAGAUAAUGUUUACUCCUUACUUAUUUUCAUGUUUGCCUAUAAAUAACAUACAACUAGCUAACUCGCUGCUCCC